UGGAAAAUGAAAGAAGCGAUCUGAUUGGUUGCUAUGGGCAACUGCACCACUCUUCCUCUGCACAGGUUUUGAUAAAUCAACCCCCAAUGUCUUGGCCGGCCCGGCAUGUGUCAGUAUUGUAAAAGUUGGAUGUCGGUCAAUGCAUUGAUGAAAAAGUAAUGGAGAGAAGUGAAAGAAGCCAAACAAAGUGAAGGGAAGAGAUGAGGAGCACGCAGGUGAUCAGUGGGGAUGAGGACAGAAGGCACAGCAUGUGGACUCUAUGAUCCUGGGCGGAUGUGAAGCAGUCUAUCUGCAGGUGAACAGAAAUUAUGUGCAAUAUUUAUUAAAAGUAUUGGCUGCGGCAAAGAAGAUGAUUCUGUGUAUUCAUCUACAAAACCCCAAAAAGAUGUCUCGGAACAGUUGCUGCUUAUCCUGUACUUCUUGCUUAAGGUGCUUUUAUAGUUGCUCGUGUAAAAAAGUCAAGAGGGAAAUUCCAAACACAUGUGGUUGUGUCUGGAUGCUCCUGGUUCUCUGUGUGUUCCUGUAUACCUUGAUAUGGUUGUAUGUCACCUUGAUCCUGAAAAAUGAUAUACACAACUUCAAUGAGGAGAUAUUCCGUCUCGUAGGUGUUUGGCAAGACUGGUCUGUCAUCUUCAUUACAGUGGCUGCUGUGCUGGCUUCAUACAGCUUUGUCCUCCUUAUACUCUCCUUGUGCCUGGUAGUGUGCUCCCAACCUCUCAGUCUACACUGGCUGCAUAAGGCCAUCCUCUGUCUCUGUGUUGUUUUGGUUUCCCUUGGAAUUAUUGGCAUUGAUUUAAGGUGGAAAAUAGAGUGGAAAGCAGUUGCCAUCUCUUUGCAGGCAACUAGCCCCUUUCUACACAUCGGUGCAGUGAUAGGUGUGUCGGCACUGGCCUGGGUACUUGCUGGUUAUUUUUGGCAAACAAAAAAUAAAGUGUUAAAAUGUCUGCUUCCAAUGGUAUACAUCAUCCUUGUUUGUGCCCUGUUUGUAAGUCCUCUGUUCAUUUCCUCACCAUGUAUCAUGAAGGUGUCAGAACUUCCUCUAAAACCAAGGAUUAUAGGCCAUCGUGGGGCUCCAAUGCUGGCCCCAGAAAAUACAAUGAUGUCAUUUGACAAAAUGGUGAAUUGUGGAGUAAAAGUGUUUGAGACUGAUGUCAUGGUGAGUUGGGAUGGAAUCCCCUUCCUAAUGCAUGAUGAAAAUCUACUGAGGACAACCAACGUGAGUCAAGCUUUUCCAUCGCGUUUACAUCAAAACUGCUCAAAUUUCACCUGGUCUGAACUCCAAAGUCUGAAUGCUGGUGAAUGGUUUCUGCAGAGAAACCCUUUUGGAGCAGACAGGUCGCUGACCGAAACUGAACGUGAUGAGAUUUUGCAGCAGAGCAUUCCUUCUCUAGAAGAAGUUCUGACUGCAUGCCAGGACCGCAACAUCUCUAUAAUGUUUGACCUGCGCCAGCCGCCUGCAGGACACCCAUAUUACAAGAGCUUUGUGAAUGUUACCAUUAAUACAAUUGUGAAUGUUUCUAUACGCCAUGAUCUGAUACUCUGGCUUCCAGAUGAUCAGCGGGAGGAAGUUAUAAAGGCAGCGCCAGGUUUCAGACAGAUUUAUGGUAGAAAGAGAGAGAAAAAUGACACGGUCACUUUGGAAGCUGUAAAUCUGUCAUAUACGAAUAUAAGUGUGAGUGACAUCAGGUCGUAUCGUCAAGAUAAUAUUUCUGUGAAUCUGUUUGUGGUAAACAAACCCUGGUUGUUCUCCCAUUUAUGGUGUGCUGGAGCCACUUCUGUCACCACUAAUGCAUGUCAUCUUCUUAAAGACGUGAAACAACCAAUAUGGCUGCUGGACUCUGACAGCUAUUUAAUAAUCUGGAUAGUAGCAGAUGUUAUAGCUCUUAUUCACAUAAUUUGGGCAUUUCUUGUGCAGAGAGCAUGUUUCACAAAAAGAGAAGAAGAAGAGUCUGAAGCUGUAUUACUGAUGAAGAUUGAGAAUUUGGCUGCAUAGCCACACUGGAUGCCUACAUCUUUUUUCCCCAUCAUCUCAUAUGGAUGUCUGGACCAUGAGGUGGUGAAAUUGGACUAAUUCCAGACGCUGCACUAGUCUAAUCUCUUAAACAAAUCUUAACUGCUGAGUCAUAGGAAGCGCUUAAAACUGCUGCAUACAAAAGCAUUUCAUGACGUUUUGAACUGUUUGGGUCGUCGUUGGAUGCUUAGUAUAGUUACAUUGUUUAAGGUAUAAAACUACAAAUACUUUUUUUUACUGGAGUGCAACAAACAAGGUUUUGACAGGGUAAUAUUAUUAAUAUAUUUGAGGUAUUUUUAACCUUUCAAGAACAUGUGUUGUGAAAUCUGGCCAUGUGCUGUAGGGCAUUUUUCUUCACCAUGUUUUUGCUGUUUCUAUGCUUAGUAUUUACCUUUAUGACGUAGGUGACUAAAGCUAGGUUCACAUCAGUCUUUUGCAUCCUGUUAAAACAUCCUGUUAUUUUCAUUUUAAAUGUUUUUUUUAUUUUUUUUUUAUUUAAAACAGAAAGUUUAAGAUCAAUAUUUUUUUUUUUUGGGAUGGAUCUGUUAUAUCAGUUGCAUCCGUUUGAAUAUUUUUGAAUACAAUUUAGUUUUACCUUUUUUAGAGGUAAUAAAGUCAAUUGUUAGUAAAACAGGAUGCCAAACAGGAUGGUGCAACAGGGUGCUUAUACUGUAACCGUAGACUGGUAUUGUACUUAAAAAGGAAUCCAUCAGAUCCGGUUUCACAGGACAAAAAAAAAUAGUCUUUGUUUUGUCUGUCUUGUUAAAAAAAAAAUAUAAAAAAAAGUGAAACUUCAUAACUAGAUGUGGCCAGGCCUUUAUUCUGUGACACUGGGGAAAGAAACAACACAAUGGGCAUUUACACCAGUUUUCUUAGUCCAGUUGCCAUAUUUUUGCAGCCCUUGCAUCACUUUUUUUCAACACAUACAAAUGUUUGAAUGGGACUUUGAGUUGUGCUGAGCAUGAUUCAUUUAGCAACAUUUUUUUCCAACAAAAGAAAUCAACUUAAGGUUUAAUGUGACAUUGUCUGAGGAUAAUGGCAUAUUCACAAACUGGCGCACACCACAUUGAUGAAUCUGGCAUAUGCUGCACAGGGAGAGAUACUGGCACGCCGCACACACAGUGCAUCAGUAUUAAUACAUUUUCUACCAUCUUUUUCAUGUCUGUGUGUGUGGUAGGCCUGAAUAAAGAUAUGGAUUACCAUUGUAAAUAAAGAGACUAUUAAACGGCAGAUGCUUUGGCUUGAAAGUAAGUUAAAUGGGCACUGUCACUUUAAAAAACUUUUGACAUGUAGCAAUAUAUCAAAAGCUUUGGUCAGUCAAGGUUUGGGUAUUAAGGCCCCAGACUGUUCCAAAACCCAAGGCAUGAGGAGUACACACUAAGGAUGCAUUCAUGCAUACAUAUUUUUCUGCUGCAGAUUUGCUUCAGCACAUCUGCAGAAAGAAUAUGUACGUGUGAAUGUACCGUUAAGGGAAGAUUUAAUAAAACCUGUGUAAAAGAAAAGUGGUGCAUUUGUCCAGAGCAACCAAUCAGAUUGCUUAAAUAAAAGAAGUAAUCUGAUUGGUUGCUAUGCCUUUCGGUUUUGACGAAUCUCCCUCUAAAUAGAUUCUUUCCCAGCUCUAUGCCACAUGACUGAGACGGACUCCUGAUGUAAGUCUAUGGGACCAUCUUGGUUGCACACAUAAAGAGCGAGGAGUGAAAUACUCAGCUUCUUAACCUGCUCAGUCUAACAAUUGGUCAGUGUCUGAACUCUGACUAAUUAAAAAAUUGUGACGUCAAUUUAUUUCACUUCUGUCCAGCGGUUGUGUGUAGUACUGAAGUUCAGUCCCAUUAAAUUCAGAGAAGCCAAGCUGCAAUACUAGACACAGCCUGUGGAAAGGAGUUGUGCUGUUUUUGCAAGAAAGAGACAGCCGUAAUCUUGGACAACCCCUUUAAAAACAUGUAUCCUAAACUGCAAUCUGCCCUUGACAAGAAGCUCUUAAAGGAAAUGUGCCGGGCUGGCUUCUUACAGGCAGUUUAUUACAUCUUUUAGUGUAGUUUACAAUAUAUUUUCCAUAGACAAAGCCAAGAGUGGAUCCUAAAAAUAGAAAAAUAAUAGGAAAGAUUAUUCUAUCUUUUGUAUCCUCUACUGAUGUACCAAAAACGACAUUGUGUGGAUCUGGCCUAAACUUGUUUCAGUGGUUACCAGAAUCACUGUAUCACAUGCAAUAGCUUUUUAAUCAUUGCUUUUUUCCUAAAAAUUAAACAUCAUGUGCAGAGCAUGCUAUUGGAUAGAUAAAUAGAUAGAUAGAUAGAUAUGAGAUAUAUAGAUAGAUAUAUGUUUAUAGAAUUUAAAAAAUAAUCUGCUUUACAUGGCACAGAAUAUCUGCCUUCAGCUGCAGAAUAAAAUGUCUGUACAAAGGCAAUGAGUUAUAGUGAUUGUUUUCUAGAUCACUCUGUGUUUCUUAAUAAACUAUUGGUGGGUUUCUUAAGUUUUAGUUCACACUUUUUAGUGUGCUUGAGCUGAGUGUGUAUAUUAUGUUUCUCACUUGAUCAGAAUUUAGGCAGAACACUUAUCUUUGGAAGAAUAAAAGGAUACUGUCAUAUAUGGGCAGGGAAAAAGUGAAGUCCUGCAUUCACCCAGAGCCCCUGUCCCUACCUAUUGCGUAUCUGCCCUAAACAACAGAUCCACAACCAAUGAAGAAGGUCCAUUUCUAUCUCUGUGCUGGGACGUUAAGUUAAAAUAACAAACUCCUAAUACACAGUCAAAGGGUCAGAAAACAGUCAGGAAUACAAAGGGUAAAUAAACACUAACAAUAUCAAGGGAGGCAAACAAACACAAAGAGUUGUCAACAAGCCGAGUCGGGAAACCAAGAGGACAGUAUAUAAGCAGAGACGAAAUCCAGAGAGAAUAUCCUAAUAUAAAGCCGGGGUCACAAAAUACUAGAUUAUCAAUACAUAUGCAAAUGCAGGAUAGAAAUGCUAGCUGCUGGAAAAAUUUUCUUUUACAGGCAAGGUGUAUAAACACACUGCAGGCUUAUAUAGGCAGCUGAGCAGGUGUGGUCACACAAGGUAUCUGAUAGGCUUAAGAGACAGAACCAUGGAUAGGUCAGAGUGUAACCACUGCCACCCAACUCAGCACACAAA